AUGCCAACUCUCGACGUGAGCGAGCUCAACAUUGUGCUUGGGAUCCUUGGGUCCUUUAUUGUGCUAUACGGCCUUAUUUCUGUCAAAAUCAAGGCUAGGUGGUAUUUAGGUGAAGCACUUCCUGCCGUGCUCAUCGGUAUCUUGUUAGGGCCUUUAGCCGCCAAGUUUAUCGACAGUGAGAGAUGGGGAUCACAAACAAAAGGACAGACGGAGGCAAUCACUCUGGGCGUCAGCCGGGUCAUGAUUGGUCUCCAACUCGUCAUUGCCGGCUAUCAACUCCCUGCCAAAUACAACCUUACGCGAUGGAAAGAAAUGGCCAUGUGCCUACUACCUAUCAUGACAAUGAUGUGGCUCUGCACGACGCUUUGCAUGCUGGCCACGGUUCCCAAAGUCACACUUCUUGCCGCGCUUGUUAUCGGCUCCUGCGUCACUUGCACCGACCCCAUCCUGUCCCAGGCCAUCGCCAAGGGGCCCUUUGCCGAUAAGUUUGUUGCCAGGCCGCUUCGGGAAAUCAUUUCCUCUGAAGCCGGUGCCAAUGACGGAUUUGGCUUUCCUUUCCUUAUGCUGGCGGUGUACUUGAUCCGCCAUGCGGAUGUCCCCGGUGUUGGAGAGCAGGAAGGCGAAACCGUGACCGUGCGCUCAGUUAUUGAAGGUGCCGGAAUGUUGCUUGGUAGAAGUGAGAAAGUUGGACGGCUGGGCGGUGGUGUUGGCGUCGCCAUGAAAGAGUGGUUCCUCGAAACCUGGCUGUACAUUGUCUUUAUGUCAGUUGUUUAUGGUGCUGUUGUUGGUUUCGCAGCAUGCAAGGGCAUCAAGUUCGCCUUGAGACGUAAAUGGAUCGAUGGAGAAUCAUAUCUUUUAUUUCCUACUGCCCUAGGCAUGUUUCUUGUCGGUACCUGCGGCGCCAUUGGAACCGACGACCUCCUCGCCUGUUUCGUAGCCGGCAACGCCCUCAACUGGGACGGAGACUACCUCGCUGAAACAGAAAGUCGUCACGAUGAAGUCAAUUCCUGUGUUGACGUGCUGCUCAACUUUGGUGGCUUCAUGUACAUUGGUUCCAUCAUGCCCUGGGACGAGUUCAACGACCCCAAUGGCACAGGCCUCACCUACGGCCGACUCAUCCUCCUCGGCUUCAUGGUUCUCAUCUUCCGCCGCAUUCCCGCCAUCUUCAUCUCCUACAAACUGAUGCCGGCCGUCGUGAGGGACUGGAAAGAGGCCUUUUUCAUGGGCUACUUCGGACCCAUUGGUGCUGGAGCCGUCUUCUACGCCGAGCAUAGUCGUCACCUGUUCCCCAAACUUGGUGAAGGUGACGAGGAAGAGACAAACUUGGCUAAGGCGAUUGGUCCCGUCGUGUAUUGGCUUGUCCUCUUUUCAAUUGUCGUUCACGGCCUGUCUAUCCCCGCCCUGAAUAUCAUCUACGUAUACAUGGGCGUGAAACCUAUUCAGGAAGAUGCCGUCGAGAUCCGGCGCAGGUCCAUUCGCCAAGCGACACCUCCCAAUGCAAUCAACGGCGACCAAGACACCUUUAUUGCGUACAAUCGCUUUAGCCGGCCUAUAUUUGAUCCCUCGCAGCUGCCAGUGUCAUUGUCCAGCAAUGAAGCGUCCACCAGCCCUCGUCCUUUGUUUGCCGAUGAUGACAAGUUACGUGAUUUUCUGGCCAGCAACGAUGUAGAGCAUCAGAAGCGGCGGGAACGGAGACGAACGAUCCGGUAUGGGAAUUAG